AUGGAGCUGCUGGUGCUGCUCAACGCGCUGGCCACCCGGCUGCUGUUCGUGCUGCACUCGCUGGUCGGGGUCUGGCGAGUGACCGCGGUGAAGAAGGAGCCGUGGUACUGGCUGCUCGCCUUGCUCAACCUUCUGCUUUGCCUGGAGACUGCGCUCACGCUCAAGUUCAAGCGCGGCCGAGGCUACAAAUGGUUUUCACCAGCCAUAUUUUUAUAUUUGAUUAGCAUCGUCCCAUCAUUAUGGCUUCUCGAAAUGCACCAUGAGACACAGUAUUGUAAUAGCCCACAAGAAGAAAUGUCUCAGAAUACUAGUAGAAGAGAAGACCUCAAUGAAACUUUGAUGUCAAGUCAAGUAAUUAAUGGAGAUAUCAUCGAGACGGCCAAGGUGUUUGUAAAUAACUUGUCUACAGUGUGUGAGAAAGUUUGGACCUUGGGACUCCACCAGACAUUCCUGUUAAUGCUAAUCAUUGGGAGAUGGCUUCUCCCCAUUGGAGGCGGGAUCACCAGGGACCAGCUCUCUCAACUUCUCCUCAUGUUUGUGGGAACAGCUGCUGACAUACUGGAAUUCACAAGCGAGACGCUGGAAGAACAAAAUGUGAGGAAUAAUCCUGCACUAGUCUAUGCCAUCCUUGCUAUAUGGACUUGGAGCAUGCUGCAGUUUCCACUUGACCUCGCAGUGCAGCAUGUCAUGUGCCCCUCGUCUGUGACUGCCAGAGGAUUCCCCAGCCUGUUCUUUUGCCAGUACAGUGCUGACCUGUGGAACAUUGGAAUCAGCGUCUUCAUACAAGAUGGGCCUUUCCUUGUCGUCCGUCUUCUCCUGAUGAUCUAUUUUAAAGUGAUCAACCAGAUGCUGGUGUUCUUCGCAGUGAAGAAUUUCCUGGUAGUAGUGCUACAACUCUACCGCCUGCUGGUGCUGGCCUUGGGUGUCCGGGCUUCCUUGCAAAACCGGUCGGGAGGACAGAAAGGAGAGGACAAUGGCUCUGGCCAACCAGCCGGGAGUGGCCUUGGACCCAGGAACUGGGGUAUGGGUUCUAAGGAGGACUCAGCCAUCCCUCUGCAGGCCUCCCCAGGCACCUCUGAAGACUGCGUCCCCACCCUGUAGUUACUUACUCCCCAUGACAAGCCUGCUACAACCUUUGACUUCUACUUCAUCUUACAGAUAGGAUUUCGGUGCCCAUCCUUUUACAAAGCAAAACAAAACACUUUGGCCUAUCAUUAUUUUCAAAAGGACUACAUGCAACAAAUCAAGACAUGAUCUUAAACCAAAGCCAAGGCAUUUUCUUUUUUCAACUGGCAGGAACUUUGAUGAGCGCCUAUCACUACAAUGUGUAUGUGCUUGCAGCAGAUGCAUUAGUUGUCCAACAGCUAAGUGAUCUGUCCAUCUCAAAUUGUUGGAAAGGGUAAGACCAGGGUUACAGGGUCGUGCCCUCAAAGAGCUAAUGCUGACAAACAAUGGCUGUUGCCUGAAAACACAGAAACUUUGAACGUUGGCUCCCUAUCAGACUAACUCAUCUGAUCUUUUCUGCCACGUCCCUCUGCCAUCAAGGAAUGUACAUCCAGUGAGUGCAGAAAAACAUGCAGGGGACAGUGCCUUUCCGACCAUUUCCUCCCUGUGAGCUGGGUGCCGCAUCAAAGCCUCUCUUCACUUUGCACAUCAUAGAGGUCGCGGUCCAUCGCUGCCCAGGUCCUUCCGGCAAAGUCAUUGGGGCUCAUGCGAUAUUCUGUCAUGGUGCAUAUGAUCUUGCAGAAUUUGUGUUGCUUCUGGCUGGAACACUACAGAAUUCACAGCAAGCCCCUUUGGUUAUACACUUUCUGGUCACAAAGCACAACAUCCUGCCAAACUGCUAGCAAAAAAUCACAAUUUCCAAUCCAAACAGGAUUUGUGGUCCUUGUCAGAAUUUCUCUUGACCCUGUUUUACCAGGAUCAGUAUUAACAGGUUGAUUGUGGGUUGAUGGAGACAAUGACUGAAGCAAUCAGUAGAGGUGUCUAGGUCUUUGAAGGGUUACCAUAGUUUCUGGGUAUCUGCCACCAGUAAGGGAAUAAGCUGUCGCUCCUCUGAACUGCCUCUACUGCAAACGGCCUUUGGUCUCAGGGAACAUGGGGGCGAUAGAGGGCUGCAUCCGCCCUCCCCAUGGCUAACUGCCCUUGAUUAGUGACGAGCAGGGGGCGGACCUCAAAAUUGUCCAGCACAAGGAUUUGCUUUAGUUCCCUGUACCAAGACUUCAUUUUCCUGUGUUUAAAUCCCUACGCCAUCCCUUUAUACCCUUCUGCACUUUCCAGAUGGAAGUGAUUCAGCACUUUUAAAAAGUGAUUUUUGCUUUUAAAGAUGUAGCCUGAAAUUUCACCCUGCUCUCCAGCAGUAAUUCUAUGAGACAGCAGUUCCACAACUAUUCUUCUGGAGUUCCUUUUAUGUCCUUAAUCUUAAAAAUUCAAAGGGAACAUUAAAGAUAAGGCAUAUUUGGCCUUAUAUUGUCUAGCCUAUUGACAAACAAUUGGUGCAAUUUUUUUCUAUAAAUCUUUAUAUGAUCUGAUAUAGAUUUAAAAUGGUUGAUGAAAAGUAUGAUAGACAACUUCUGUUUUUAUGCAGAGACAUGCGUACAUUUCAAUGGACAGUUUCUCCAGGGUCUCUAGUAUAUGUUUCUAUGUUCUUCCUUGUUUGUUAAUGUAAACAGGAUACUGAAUGAUUGUACAAUUAUAUGUGAAGGAAUACAUUUAAAAAUUUUUUUUCAAAAUACGUUUGUGAAUGUUCAAGUCAUGAAACGAUAUGUAUAUACAGUAAGGAAUUUGACAACUUUUAAGGGCAUGUUAUUUAAAAUGCUUAGCAUCGACAGCAAAAUCAUAUUGCUAUUUAUACAAAUUCCUCCGCAGAAUCUGUUUUCACGUCAACUGCUUGAUGUUGAAUGUUUUCUUCUACAACAUGUAUGUGCUGUUUAUUAUUGCCGAUUGCCGCAUGGCACACUUUCAUGUUUUAAUUUUUUUCCCUUUCCAUAAAACAAACAUGGAACCUCUAAAAAUAGAUGAAGUCUAAAGUAGUAAGGCUGUUGCAAGGAUAUUUUUAAAUGUUUCAUAUCUGAGACUUGGCUCAGCUUCAUGAAUGGAUUUCUAGUGUUUAAGUAAUGUGUUUUGUAAUUAGCACUCUUCCGGAGGCCGGGGAACUAGCAAGCCCAUCCCGAGUCACUUCGUCAAAAAGUAUCCAGGACCACCUUGGCAAUUAAUGGUGGCAGAAAUAGAAACCGGCUCGGCAAGCUCUCCGGGAACAUCUGCCUAGGGUAGCAUUUGUUAACCGAAACGCGAGUUCUCCCACUCCUCUUGGAUUGCUGCUUUUUCUAGCAGAAAAAGUCAUUUCAUUGAUUUCGAAAGCUCCUAAGCCCAAGUUGUGUCCGCAAGAGCCUCGAUGAAAAUUUAAAAUUUUUACUAAACCUCGCAAUGCUUGAGGACAUCCAAGCAUUUGCUCUGUAGUGGCUCAAGCACCGCUCGCUUCCCACAGGAUCGCUGCCUGUGGACUUGCUUACAUUUCAUUUCCAUCAAGAGAAGUGUUUUUGAUUAUGUCUAACACGAUGUAGACCUUCCCUCUGGACCCUUCCACCCCCCACCACCAAUGGCACAUAACACUCCAUUCCCCGUCCUCACCUUUGGACCAACUCUAAAGUUCAGUUGCCACAACUGUGCUACUAUUUGUACAAAUGAAAGUUGAGGUUUGCAACUGAAUUGUACUGUACUUUUUGUUUUUGUUUUUUUGCCACUCUGUAUGAUCAUAUGGGAAGAUAGUACAUUACCUUUGCAUUUAAUUAUUCUUGCUAUUUUUUUUUUUUGAGAAUUAAUGACCUAAGAAAAUAC